AUGGUGACGGCCAAUAAGCUGCUGCACCUGCUAGAGGCCUUCUCUACCACCUGGUUCCUCUUCUCUGCUGCCCAGAACCACCACCUGGUCUUCUUCCUCCUGGAGGUCUUCAACAACAUCAUCCAGUACCAGUUUGAUGGCAACUCCAACCUGGUCUAUGCCAUCAUUCGUAAGCGUGGUGUCUUCCACCAGCUGGCCAACCUGCCCACAGAUCUGCCCACCAUCCACAAGGCUCUCCAGAGGCGCCGGCGGACACCUGAGCCCCUGUCCCGCACAGGCUCUCAGGAAGGCACCUCCAUGGAGGGCUCCCGCCCCGCCGCCCCUGCAGAGCCUGGUACCCUCAAGGCCAGCCUGGUGGCUACCCCAGGCAUUGACAAACUGACAGAGAAGUCCCAGGUGUCAGAAGAUGGCACCUUGCGAUCCCUGGAGCCUGAACACCAGCAGAGCUCAGCUGAAAGCAGCCCAGUCAAGGGGGAACCCAGCCAGGCCUGGAGGGAGCAGCGUCGACUGUCCAGCUCGUCAGCCAGUGGCCAGUGGAACCCAACAUCAGAUUGGGUCCUCUCCUGGAAAUCCAAGCUGCCGCUGCAGACCAUCAUGAGGUUACUGCAGGUGCUGGUUCCCCAGGUGGAGAAGAUUUGCAUUGACAAGGGUCUGACAGAUGAAUCGGAGAUCCUGAGGUUCCUGCAGCAUGGCACCCUGGUGGGGCUGCUGCCCGUACCCCACCCUAUCCUCAUCCGCAAGUACCAGGCCAACUCGGGCACUGCUAUGUGGUUCCGCACCUACAUGUGGGGUGUCAUCUACCUGAGGAACGUGGACCCACCCAUCUGGUAUGACACUGACGUGAAGCUGUUUGAGAUCCAGCGGGUGUGAGGAUGGACAACUGCAAGGCAGAUGGGCCAGGAGGGCCAGGCCUGGUCCUGGAUGUCCCUCAACCCAACGUUCCGAGCUUUAAGUGAUCACUGUCAGGGCCUGGGGCAGGCAAAAUGGCUGAGUCCCAGGUGGCAGGCCCCAGAGGCCCCUUGUAGCUGAGGAUGAGGGGGACCAGCUCUGUGCCUGCCUCCCCUUCUCCCCCACCUCUAGGCUGGGAUCCUAAGAGCCUCCUAAGUCCAGGGCUACAGACCCACCACCAGAGCCUCUGCCAAUUCUGGCUUCCCCUUCAAGACCUGGUUCUGUGCUGGCCUCUCAGUGCCAGCCACUCAUGUACUGGCCACCCCCAGAAGCCACCAGGUCACUAUGCCUGUUGGGUCACUGUGCCCUAAUGGGUUUGCCCCAGAAGAAGCCAUGGUUGUCCCUCGAGGUACCUGGGCAGGGGGAGGAAGCUUUUCUGGUUGCCUAGCCUGAGACCACCCAUUCUUGGCUUGCUUCCUGCCCAGGGCCCAUGGGGAAAGGAGUGUGGUCCAGCUGCUAGCUGAGGAGGCUGGGCAUGGCAGCCUGCAAAGCCAGACUGGAGCUCAUGUAUUUGAGGGACUUGCAGAGGGAUAUCGAGGGGCCCAGCUAUACUCCCUGGGUCAGUGGGUGUAGCCUGACUGUUGGGGGCCUUGGGGGUUAGCUGCCAGUCCCUGCCCCACCCACUUUCUGGAUGAUGGGGGCCCCCUUCACCUGUUCUAGCUCUGGCCUCUGGGUCUCUGUCACCC